AUGAAAAAGACGAAAAUGGAAAAUUGCAAUCACAAGAUGAGAAGAGAAAAAUUGUGGACAUAAGACAUACACUCACUCUCUUUCUCUUUGCUCUUGCGAACCCAAACUUAGUUUAUCAACUCACUUUCUGUGGCCAUGCAGUCCCCUGCCCCCUUAGCUGUCUCUCUCCCUAGCCUCUAAUUUUCUCCUCUUGCAAUGGCUAUUGCUUUCCACCAUAAUUACCAUUUCACCGCUACUCCCAUCUUCGGCCGUCGCAAUUCCCCGUCACCACCUCCCAUACUCCUUCGCCCCAACAACCCUCUUACCCUUUCCUAUCGUUUCGCUGAUAAGCAAUGCAGCAGCAGUAGAAUCACGUGCAAAGCGACAGAAAUAUCUUCUGUGGGCGAAGAAUCAGCGGCGUCGGGCAGUGGUGGUGAGAACUGGGUGCCGGUUGUGCCGGUGGCAGCGCUGCCGAAGGGAGAGCGGCGCGUGAUCAUACAAGACGGGGAGACCAUACUGUUGCUUUGGUAUAAGGAUGAGGUUUUCGCUAUUGAGAAUCGUUCGCCUGCUGAAGGCGCUUACACUGAGGGCUUGCUCAACGCCAAACUAACCCAGGAUGGUUGUAUUGUUUGUCCAACAACUGAUAGCACAUUUGAUCUUCGGACUGGAGCCAUCAGGGAAUGGUAUCCAAAAAACCCAGUGCUGCGAGCCCUUACACCUGCUUUGAGGACACUUUUCAUUUACCCUGUAAAAACAGACGGCCAAAAUAUUUAUAUCAGCAUGAAAGGCAGUGUAAAAUCUGAUGCAGCUGCAGAGAUUGUGUUCAGUGGAAAAGCUCAACCUGGUGUAACAGCUACUGAUGUCAAUGUGGAUGAGGUGAGAAUGGUAAUUGAUGAGGACUCAGAGGGGUUUGGUUUCACGGGGAAGAAUGAAAUUAUAAAUGGGAAGGCAGCUAUCAUCGGUUUCCUGCUGUUGCUGGAUUUUGAGCUCUUGACCGGUAAAGGUCUUUUAAAGGGAACAGGCUUCUUGGACUUUAUAUAUGCUGCUUCAGAUGCCUUCAAGUAGAUUUGCCAUUUCAUUCACAUGAGGUUGCUUGGUCUUUUUAUUCUCAGUAUUUUUUCAUGUCAAAAACUCUUGAAUCCCCUGGAUAUUUCAUCCAAAGUUGUAUAUUUGUCUAAAAAUUUGACCGCAUUGAUUAUUUGUAUUUUGAACCUGAUAAUUCCUAUUCAAUAUGUACAACAAAAAUACCAAUUUCACGAAACCAACAACCCUUUAUGCUGUUUGUUUUACUGCAUCUUGUAUUAUCUGCCAACUAGUUUUUCUUACAUGUAUGCUAGUAAAUGGACUGUUUCUGAAACUACAAAUCAUGUCUGCCGAUGACAACACCAAUAAAAGGGGUGAACUCAGGCUGGCUGUCGAGAAUGUGAGCCCAUGAAGGCCUGGUUUGGCACUGAGGUGGGACCGGGCUUUUGUACUAAAAAUUCCAUUUCACCCUCACCU